ACAACAACAACAGCAGCAACAACAUGAGCAUGAACACUUCACCACACUACAACCAAUACCAAAGCAGCACAAGCGGCAGCAGUUCACCCACAAACCGCCCAUCAUCCGGUAGUCGGCACGCCACCAGCCUCACUGUAAAUCUAGACCCCAGCACAGAUGUAGACCAAUGGUCAGCGGCUCCAGCACACUAUGACCUUGUCUCUCACCCAGGCCACGCCUCCCGACACACCCACCACCACCACCCCAGCCAAUCACCAUCAGUCAGACCUAGACCGCCAGCCCCAGCCCCUGUCACUCCCAGUUCCCCUUCCCGCCCUGGUCCAUCCCUAAACACCCAGCCCCCUCCGCUUCCCCUACAACCCCCUCAACCCACCCUCCGCCCCAUCAAACCGCCUUCCCCGACUGGAAACGUGUACAAACCUUUCCCCGAUCAACCGCCUGCCCCUACGGCUCAGGCUUCUUCUUCGUCUUCUUCUUCUCACCCCAUCUCCCCGAAAAUGAAGCAUAAACUCAUUUUACCCCCUCCCGAGGCAAGAAACCGCCAUCUACAACAACACCAACAGCAACAACACCAUCAACAACAACAACAACAACAACAACCACAGAGACAUAUACAACAGCAAAUGCAGCAACCGUACCGUGCUGUUUUUAACCCGUCUAGCCAGCCGCCUCCCAUGUCACCCCCGGGUUACUCGGACCCGAUCCCAAUGCAAAAGUUUAUGGAUAGCCUGCCUUCAGAACCGCCGGUACGUGAACCGUCUAUAAAAGAGCGGUAUGAAAAUUAUCAAAGACGCCAUUCUCCCGGUCAAAAAGCCGGACCCCCUCAGCCACUGCAGAGGGGCUACCCGCCUCCCCAUCAGCAGAGGCAGCCUAUGUCGCCACCCCAACGCCGUUAUCAGCCGCCAUACAGCCAGCAACAGCAGCAACAGCAACAACAACAGCAACACCCAUAUCCUCCACAACAGUCGCCAUUCUCACCCACACAACACCACCCGCCAUAUUCUCCACAACAGCCACCGUUUUCUCCACACCACCACCCUCUACAACAAGGUAGAGGGGGAAGACAACAUCAGUCACAACAGCAACAACAACAACAACACCCGCCUCGUAGAAUGUCGGAACCCCACCAGUCCCCUCCUCCCCCCUUCUCCGGUGGCGGCGGUCGGCCACAACCGCCGUCCUCCACCACCAACCCUAACACCAACCCCUUGCAGAACCGCAACAUCUACCGCCCCACCGCAAUCAGCGAUGUCCUACGUCACGGCUCCCCUACCCCGUCCCUCCCUGGGGACAUCCACCUACGCAACAAACAACCCUCCCCGACCCCUUCUGUGACCUCCACCUCCAGCGAGUAUGUGGUCAGUGGGGGGCGUGGCCGACCCAGCAAGUCCAGGGGCAUGAACCUGUUCCUCAAGCAACAGGAAAGACUGGCCGCUAUGGGCGCCGAUGUCCAAGAAAUUAACAUAGCGGAGGGACGGCGAGCAGGUCAGCCUGCUGCAGGCGCCGAGCCCAGUUCUCCCGGAGGACACUUUGAGCAUCGCGGCGGCGAGUCGCUGUCGUCAUCGUCUGCUGGUCGUCCCGUCGACGAGCCUGUCCUGUCGCCCACCAGCGCCCGUAGUCGGGGUCUGUACGCCCCUCCGCCCGGACCCCAAAGCCCCCAACAGAGUAGGAAACACGGUGGUUUCUACCAACAACAGGGGGGUGUUCAGGUUGGCGGAGGAGGGAGCAGCCCUCAAAGGUCGUCCAGAGGACCAGCGGUUUGGAGUCCACAGAAUCAGAACAGCCGAGAGGAGCGUAGGAUUCCCAUAGCAGUAGAACACGCGUCUCCAAGCCAGCAACCUCCACUGCAGACUGGCCCCAACUCCGCCUCCCAGGGGAUACCUAUCAACCAGAGCGGCCGUCACCACCAGCCGAGGCAGAGACGACGUAGUGAAGAGGACACUUCUUCGUCAUUUUCAGGACCGUCGCAUUACCACCAAGCCCCUCCGGGAUCAGCCAAACUUUCGUCUUCGUGGCAAAACACCCCCGGGGGAUACUUCCCUUUCGACAGCCAAGCCGGCGUUAGUAAGGGAAGAGAUUUGGGGCCCGGCUCCUACGCCACACUACCCGCCAAAGGCAGUCGUCAGCAACACCAUAAGCAUCAGCAGCACCGAGCUCAUCAGCACCAUCAUGAGCAUUUCGACCAGCACAACAACAGCAACAGCCACCAAAACCACAACCACCACUUCCAGGAUGCCGGCAGACCAGCAGCCGACUUUGAUCUGAGCAACACCUACUCCACGCUCCCUACCAUCAAGCCUCUCAAGUCGAGCAGUACACAACACGCGUUCGGAGAAAGUACACGCCUUUCCGAGGAGAACAACAAAGCGGGUCUGAAGUCAAGCCAGAGCUACGACUUUGGACGCCGCGAUUUAGAGCACACUCUCGACUACAAAGACUUCUCCAAGCCGCUCUUCGCGAACACGGAUUUGGGCAGUCAGACUCAAUCGUCGAUAAGUAGCCAGGACGACGGACACUCGUCCCCGCAUUCUGACAACGCCGUGUCCAGCUCCGACUCCAGAGACACAAUUAUUGCCAAGGAUGAGAAGUCCUCGACCGAUUCACUGCCCGUAGACGUCCCCAUCGACGACAUGCGCUCCCACAACAACAAGCCGCCCGCAGUGGCUCCCAAACCGUCCGGGAAGAUGAUCCCGAUCACAGUCGUGCACGAGCAGCCAUCAAAACCCCCUGGCUCUUCUUCCUCUUCCCAACAACUUCCGGGAAUUAUGGAAAAUCUACCAACAGGGCCCAGAGAUGGCCAGGAUUCCUUCUCUACAUUGCCCACAUCGAAGCCUAGUCAGCCAUAUUCAUUCUCAGAUCAACAAAAUGAUCAUCGUUUCAACGGUUCAUCGUCAAGUGAAUUCCACGGUGUAGGAUAUAAUUCUCAGAAACAAGGCGCCAUCGUCAGAGGACGGAUUCGGCUGGAGACCCACACAGCGAACCGACUCCUCCAGUUCCUUCCCAUCCUACAACAACAACAACAACGAUAAUAAUAACAUUGCGGCAGUGGAUCAAGCCACACCGGACCGCGUCUUUUCACCCCCACCGCCGCAGCAGCAGCUGCCAUCGUCUGCCCCGAGCUCUACGGAACCAGCGAGCGCCACUUCCUCCCGGAGCUUUGACGUCACAGACAGCAGACACAUGAAUGGUGACGCCGGGGCCGGGGACGAAGGACGACUCCCGCCCACCCAGAGCCCUUACAUAACUCUGUUGCAGAAGAGCAGAGAACUGAAAUUAUUGGAAGAUGAAAAAUUGGCUGACGAGGAGAUUCCCCCAGAUUUCAGAGAUAUGAAAAUCGUGGGCAAACCCAUCGUUGUUCAGGAUGAUGGUCAGCUUCCCAAAGGCGCCCUGUACCUGGGCACGAAGGAGCAUGAUGAGGGUGACCAGCGCGUCACAGAGACGUACUACACCACGCCCUCAGAGAAGACGGAGACGACCACACGCGUCACAGAACAUCGACCCGUCAAAUACGACGGGAUCGGCCCUGUGGACAAGGAAGGGGUUCCGUUGGCUUUCAGGAAGAACGUUGAAGAGGAGAAACAGCAUGACUGGUACAAACAGAUGUACAAGAGUCUGCACAAGACGGAGAAGAAAGAAGCAUCAGUGCCAAAGGGCAAUCACUCUGAUGUAGUGUACUACAAUUUGUACCCGGAAGUGAAAGAACUUGAGACGAAUACAUAUAAGCCAACAUACAGCUUCCCAGAUGACAUAUCAGAUACCAAAUCGGAAGAGGGCCUAGAUGACAGGCCAUACAGACCUAGCUAUGGAAGAUCUUCUUCCAGGUCAAAGGUGGACGAAUCAGGCUACAGAUCAGAGCCAGAAGGAAGAUACAAGGAUCUGUGGAAGUCUCGGAGUAAGAGUACUUCGGAGUCCAACGAGACGCGCAGAAACUCUGAUCCUGAUGCGCCCAGUCCUUGGGCCCCGGCUAGCGUGCGGUCAAAGAUCGAGGUGUACCGAUGUCAGCCGAGGAGCAUCAUGGACUACGAGCCAGGCUUUUCAUCCAUUUCCUUCCGAGAGUCCAAAACGAGUAUUCGCCCUCGGUCUAAGUCGGUGCAUUCUCUGAGAGAGAAGAAGAAGAAGGGCUCCACUCACAACCCGAGAAUUGACAAGCCCGGAGAUUUCAGCCAAUACUCCGAGAACUACCACGGCUCAGAGCCUGACGUGCGUGCGGCUGCGGACGGUGGAGAGGCUGAGCAGCCCAUCUCCCAACUCUACAAACAGAUCCAGCAUGGAGGGGACAUCCCCAUACGCGGUCUGCAGAAACCCGCCCCCGAGAAACCGAGAAGAACAACUGUAUGAGGAAGAGCGCAGGAAGAGGAUUCAGCUGGAGGCGGAGAAGGACGCAGCAAGGAGGCACCAUGACUACUUCAGCCCCAGCCAGAAAUCUCCCAUCUCCCCGAACCGCUUUGACGAGCUUCCAGAGCCUGUUGCAGCCAGACCAGGACAACAAACCUCCUCCCAGGCAGCCGCCCGGUCACCAGCAGGUGUGCAGACAUCCACUCUGACCGCGACCCUGAGCGUACCCCCAGAGAGGAGGCGAGGCUUCCAGAUACAGGGCAAAGCUAAAGCCAUCUUCAACUUCACUGCCCAGAACCCAAGGGAGCUCUCAUUCAGAAAAGGAGACUUGCUGUACUUGCUUCGACAAAUAGACAAGAACUGGUUCGAGGGAGAGCACCAUGGAAUGGUUGGCAUCUUCCCAGUCAACUAUGUGGAGGUCCUCACCUCUAUCGAAGCUGCCAGAACAGCAGCCUUGGAUGCAGAGGGCCAGGCCCGUGCCAAGUACAAUUUCACUGGACAGUCAACAGUUGAGCUCUCCCUGCGAAAGGGAGAGUUUGUGACCUUGCUACGAAGAGUGGACGACAACUGGUUCGAAGGCAAGGUCGGAGGUCGCCAAGGGAUCUUCCCGGUCACAUACGUGGAGGUGAUACGUGAGCCGUCGACUCCACUCAUCACACCAGCACCCUCUGUCAUAUGCACCCCAAUGACUGGCACCCCAGAGAUGCUGUCCCCCGUGAGUAUGGAAGCACCCACCCCACCUCCCCAGCCCUCCCCCAGCGCCUUUGCCUCUCGCUCGCCGGGUGACCCCUCCUACGGCUACCCCCCUUCACAAGCCAGCUCGGGCCAGCAUCGCUUCCAGUAUGACUCUCAACCACAACCCCAAGAAAUCACCAUCUAUGGAAGCCAGAAGAACACUCUCAGCCCACAGACUGCCAGGAAAGGCUUUCAAGGGGGACCUCUGGACCGUUUGAAACCCGCAGAGCCUGUGUCCGCUCCGACCAUGCCGAAAAUGAACAUCGAGAUGUCCUCCAAGGCAAACCCAGCAGCGAAUAACAUGGGAACCACAAGUAGCAGCAAAGUGAAAGAUGAUGACCUAGCUUUAACAAGAUAUCGAGCUGUAUAUGCAUAUAGGCCCCAGAGUGAAGAUGAACUGGAACUCCGAGAAGGUGAUGAAAUCUUUGUGAUGGAAAAGUGUGACGACGGAUGGUAUGUGGGCACCUCUGCAAGGACAGGACAAUUUGGCACUUUUCCUGGAAACUAUGUACAGAAAUACUAGGGAAUAAACUUCAGAUUUGCCUCCGUCUGCGUGUGUGCGUGUGAGCAAGAGUGCACCUGAUAUUUUGUCCAGCCCGCACCACCAAUGAUGUCACCACUGGACUCUCAGUACCUCCCCUCCCCCCUCCCCCAUCGAGCACGACUUUCACCUUGUGGCGCUUGAUGGAGUCCAGACUUCGGGUUAAUUAAUCUCCUCUUCCGUCCUGAGCUGUGUUGUAAAUUCUUGUUGCUGCACAACGGAGGAGCCUACAGUAACAAAUGGAGGGCUAUUUAAAUAGUGGUAGCGGAUAGUUUUUCCUCAGAAACUGAAUUUAGAGUUAUAAGACAACCUGCCUUUUUGGUUUGUUGCUUCUUCUUGAACUACCCAGCACUCUCGGGUUUUCUUCCCACUGUUGAAGGAAUCCUGCUCAGAUCUCGGUAACUCUUAACUCUUUCCAUCCCACUCACCGCACACUGCACUACCAGUCUCUACAUACAAAAUGUUGGCAUACAAAAUUGAUUAAAUAACUGUGAAUGGAAAGAGUUAAUAUGCCACUUACAUCUGGGGCCUAAGUGGAACAGGGUUACCAGCAAAGUGGUGGUUUUGUUAGAUAAUUUUCAUAAUGUUACACUAGAAAAUUCAUCUUGCUUCAUGAUCACUCCCUUACUAAGCCAAUUCUUUUUAUACUUAUAUACCCAUUUCUUUCUCUUGGAAGGAGAUGUGACGACAGUUGAGUCUGUAAGUCACAUGUUGCUUUAUUGAAUGGUACACAAAGGGCAAAGUCUCUGGACUUUGUAUGUCGUGCUGCUGAAAGUUUGCAGCUCUCUUUUGCUUUCAGAUAAAGAUAGUAUUAAUAUUAUUAUACAAGGGUUAAUUUUAAUGGAAACCAAAAUUCGAUCUGUUCCUUCAUCCUGUGGAUAAAAUCUUCAGAAAACAAAAUACAGUAGUCUCCGCCUAAACGCACGCCAUACAAAAGCACGCUCCACUCAAACGCACGCUUUC